UUGGCGGCCAUCAUUUCUGCUCAGCGUGAAUCGACUUCCAUCAGUGAACAGCACUGAGGCCCACUGGUCCCUCGUCAGGCGUAGAUGCUCCCUGGCCCAUGCAAGACGAUGGCGCCUAUGGUCAGUUUCCCUUGAAGGUUGUCUAGUACGCAGACCACACUGAUGUAAAAGGUUUUAAAUAGUCUGACGUGACACUUGGCUGCCUCUCACCUGCCUUACAUGUGCCUGGAGUUGUGUGGCAUUCAUCAUCCGUUUCUGUAGGGCAUUGUUCACAAUGAAGCGGUCAUCAGUGUGGUGGGAUGUGCCAAAGGAUGUCCACUUCUCUGCCUUCCUGUGACUCUUCCAGUCUCUCUGUAUCUCUGAUACUCUAACUCAGGGGCCACUUACAUCUGUGAACAUCCUGCUUCAAGCCUUGCAAUGGCAAGGUACUGUUGAUAAAUUGUUAGGUGUCGUCUUGGGCUCAUGAUGUUAGAAUGUGAACAGCAUGUUGAGGAGGACUGUUUAAAUACCAACUCUAAUUGAGCAAAGAAAUUUCUUGGGUGUUUCAUGGAUCAAACAAUGUCCUUUUGGAUCCUAGAUCUCGGAGAUAAGGUCACUUUUAUGUACAGAUACUGUAUUUACUAAUAAGCUUUGUAGAGGUGAAGAAGAAGAGAAGAAUCCUCUUAUAUUAUAAAAAGAUGUUUAGUUGGUGCAUCUAACACUAUAUAGACAACCCCAAGAAGGUGCAGGCAAUGAAAUUCUAGCCUGAGAUACCUUAAGGCUCUGAAGAAAAAACCUGACGAGAUGGUGUUUAGAAACCUUGCUUUGCAACUGUUCCUUGAUUGUGGUGAUUUUUUUUAAAAUACAUUCCACAAUGACUAGCAUAGUGUUAACAGCCUCAAAGUUGUCCUUGCUAGCUUCCAUGCCGUCUGAUGCAACUUGUUUGAACGAAGAAGACACCUCUUCUGUAGGAGAAGGUCUGGAAUGCCUGGCAGACUCCAGUAACUGUCUUUCGAGAUUCACUACAGGAACCAGGAGAAGUAAAGCCUUUAUGAAAGAAAGCCUAUGACUUAUCCGAUUGAUAGAGCAUGGUGAGAGCAAAGUUGGAUUUUAUAGUAUUUUCUGUCUGUCGCCAUAGCCUCCAGAUCUUGUUUCCAUCACUUCUUCACUAUCCACGAGAAGAUUGUAGAGUUGAGGCUCCACUCUUCUGGAAAAAGACCCUUGUAGCCUGUUUAUUAAAAUGAACCGUGUGGUAAAUUAGCUUGACUGAACAAGCAUUUGGUGGUUGCAAGGGUAAUGUUGCAAGUGAGCUAAGGUCAGUCUGACCGCUCUGAGAUCUCUUAGGUUGGAUGACCAUCCCUUCUUCUUGCCAAAUUUUCCGUGGGAGCAUCACAGAGGAACCCUGAUUCAGACUUAAAUAAAGAAGGAUCCAGUCAGAGAGAUCCACCAGAGAGAUGUCCCGGUCAUCUGUAUUUCCAGGACUGUCCAGAGGAGAAGCCGAAUGUCCCACUGGAUCAUAUGGGCCUCUUGAUGGAGACUCAGAAGCUCCUCACAUCAUUAGAUGGAUCCAGUCAGAGAAAUCCACCAGAGAGAUGUCCUAGUCCUCUGUAUUCCCAGGACUGUCUAGAGGAGAAGCCUAAUAUCGCACUGGAUCAUCAGGACCUUAAGGCAGAAAAUCACCAACCCCUUACAUCACCAGAUGGAUCCAGUCAGAAAAAUCUACCAGAGAGGUGUCCUAGUCCUCUACAUUCCCAAGAGUGUCCAGAGGAGAAGCCAAAUGUCCCACUGGUUUAUCAGGAAAGUGAUGGAAGUGGAAGCACGAGUGGCCUGGAGAACCCCACAUCAGUGUCAGUGACUGGUGAAGACCGUACUAGAGGCUCCCAGGAACAUCUCAUUUUAUCUCAGUGCUAUGAAGUAGAAAAUAAAUUGUGGACUGGCGAGAAAACCACUGGACGUAGAUUGGAUAGAAUGCUUGUAUGUUCUAAAAGUGGGAAACAUUUUAAACAGAAAUCAAAUCUCUCCGUGGAUGAGAGGAUUCACAGAGAUGAAAGAAAACACGUGUGUUUAGAGUGUGGGAAAUGCUUUACCUAUAAAUCAGUUCUUGCUCAACAUCAGAGAAUUCACACAGGGGAGAAGCCAUUUUCAUGUUCCGAAUGUGGAAAAUGUUUUACCUAUAAAUCUGUUCUCAUUGAACAUCAGAGAACGCACACAGGGGAGAAGCCAUUUUCAUGUCCUGAGUGUGGGAAAUGUUGUACCCAGAAAUCAAAUCUUGUGGAACAUCUAAGAACGCACACAGGAGAGAAGCCAUUUUCAUGUUCUGAGUGUGGGAAAUGUUUUAGUCAGAAACUGAAACUUAUGGAACAUCUAAGGACUCACACAGGGGAGAAGCCAUUUUCAUGUUCAGAAUGUGGGAAAUGUUUUACAGCUCAAUCAAAUCUUGUGGAACAUCUAAGAACUCACACAGAAGAGAAGCCAUCAUGUUCCGAGUGUGGCAAAUGUUUUAGUCAUAAAUCAAAACUUAUGGAACAUCUAAGAAUUCACACAGGAGAGAAGCCAUUCUCAUGCCCUCAGUGUGGGAAAUGUUUUACUCAGAAAUCAUAUCUUGUGAAACAUCUAAGAAUUCACACAGGGGAGAAACCAUUUUCCUGUUCAGAAUGUGGAAAAUGUUUUACAACUCAAUCAAAUCUUGUGGUGCAUCUAAAAACUCACACAGGAGAGAAGUCAUUUUCAUGUCCAGAAUGUGAGAAGUGUUUCAGUCACAAAUCAAAACUUAUGGAACAUCUAAGAAGCCACACAGGGGAGAAGCCAUUUUCAUGUCCAGAAUGUGAAAAGUGUUUUACCCAGAAAUCAAAUCUUGUAAAGCAUUUAAGAAUUCACACAGGGGAGAAGUCCUUUUCAUGUCUAGAAUGUAGAAAAUACUUUACGCAAAAAGAAUCUCUUCAGAAACAUCUGAGAAUUCACAAAGAGGAGAAGUCAUUUUCAUGCGGGGAAUGUGGGAAAUGCUUUAGGCAUAAAGAGUCUCUUAGGAAUCAUCAGAAAAUUCACACAGGAGAGAAGCCAUUUUCAUGUUCUGAAUGUGGGAAGUGUUUUACCCAGAAAGCGCAUCUUGUGAAUCAUCUAAGAAUUCACACAGGUCAAUUCCCCGCACAGACCAAUCCUAGUAGACCACUGACGGCGGUGAUUGACUGCAGCGGUCACGUGCCAGAUCCUGGAACAUCACAGCUGCUGUUUGUAAACAAAACCUGUCAGUAGACCCCGACUGGUGCUGCAGAGAACGGUGCUGAAGAAAGGGGAGAGCAUUCCAUGUGGGGGUUUUUUUUGUUUGUUUUUAGCCAUUUUAGGGCUAAUCCAAGACUUUUUAAAUUAUUUCAGAAAACGAUUUUAAAAAUGGAUGUUUCCUUAUAACAGUGGUGAAUUUGUAGUAUAGUUAUAUAAUACAGUUUCAAAAUCCUAUCAAGGGAUGGGGGAUGUGAAUUAGGAAAGCGGAGUGAGACCCAGACUUCUAAACAUUUUCAUAAGCAUUAAUAUUGAACUUUAAGAAUUCAUCCAAGUCUUUUUUCAAACCAUCCUCUGUUCCUGGUGGGACCAUGUCCUGCGGUGACUAUUUCACAGAUUCACAGUUAUGGUAAAAAAAGCCUUUCGUGUUGCUGGAGAAUUAUUUUUAUUUAUUUUUUCUUCAGACAGAGGCAGCGCCCACUUGUUUUUUGAGGGGAUUUUAAAUGGAACAGUUUUUUAUUUUAUUUUUUUGUGCAGGUCAUUUAUAUAUUUGUUAAUCAUUUCCUUCAGAGACGUCUCUUCUCAGGACUAAAUAAAUGUAAUUAUUUUAAUCUUU